CGCCGCAGCCCGCCAGGCUCGCGCGGGAGAGAAGGGAGGAGAAACUUUGGCUUUUAUUGUUUUUAGUCUUUAAGUGCAAGGAUCUGUGUGUUGGGAGGAAGAAUGUCCUUCUUCAAUUUCCGUAAGAUAUUCAAGUUGGGGAGCGAGAAGAAGAAGAAACAGUACGAACAUGUGAAGAGGGACCUGAACCCCGAGGAGUUUUGGGAAAUUAUAGGAGAACUGGGCGACGGAGCCUUUGGGAAAGUGUACAAGGCCCAGAAUAAAGAGACCAGUGUUUUAGCUGCUGCAAAGGUGAUUGAUACCAAAUCUGAGGAAGAACUUGAAGAUUACAUGGUUGAGAUUGAUAUAUUAGCAUCUUGUGAUCAUCCAAAUAUAGUCAAGCUUCUAGAUGCCUUCUAUUAUGAGAACAAUCUUUGGAUCCUCAUUGAAUUUUGUGCAGGUGGAGCAGUAGAUGCUGUGAUGCUUGAACUUGAGAGACCAUUAACUGAGUCCCAAAUACAAGUAGUUUGCAAGCAGACUUUAGAGGCAUUGAACUACUUACAUGAUAAUAAAAUCAUCCACAGAGAUCUAAAGGCGGGCAACAUUCUUUUUACCUUAGAUGGAGAUAUUAAAUUGGCGGAUUUUGGAGUAUCAGCUAAAAACACGAGGACAAUUCAAAGAAGAGAUUCCUUUAUUGGCACACCAUAUUGGAUGGCUCCUGAAGUAGUCAUGUGUGAAACAUCUAAGGACAGACCUUAUGACUACAAGGCUGAUGUUUGGUCUCUGGGUAUCACUUUAAUAGAAAUGGCUGAGAUAGAACCACCUCAUCAUGAAUUAAAUCCUAUGCGAGUGCUGCUAAAAAUAGCAAAAUCUGAGCCCCCUACUUUAGCACAGCCAUCAAAAUGGUCUUCAAAUUUUAAGGACUUUCUAAAGAAAUGCUUGGAAAAGAAUGUGGAUGCUAGGUGGACUACAUCUCAGCUGCUGCAGCAUCCCUUUGUUACUGUUGAUUCCAACAAACCAAUCCGAGAAUUGAUUGCAGAGGCAAAGGCUGAAGUAACAGAAGAAGUGGAAGAUGGCAAAGAGGAAGAUGAUGAGGAGGAAACAGAAAAUUCUCUGCCAAUACCUGCAAGUAAGCGUGCUUCCUCUGACCUUAGUAUCGCCAGCUCUGAAGAAGAUAAACUUUCACAGAAUGCUUGUAUUUUGGAAUCUGUCUCAGAAAAAACAGAACAUAAUACUUCUGAAGAUAAAUUUAUCAACAAAAUUCCUAAUGAAAAACCCACCAUUGAUGAACCUGAAAAGGCUGCGGAGGGUGUUAAUGAACAUGUUAAUGAUGCUUGUGUAGAAGCUGUGACUGAACUCCAUAACAGAACAACAGUAAUCAAGGAGAAUGGGAGGGAAGAGAAGAGACCCAAGCUUGAAAAUCCUUCUGACACAGAAGACCAAGAAACCAUGGACAUUAAUUCAGUCAGUGAAGGAAAAGAGAAUAAUAUAAUAACAUUAGAGUCAAAUAUUGAAUAUAGUCUGAAACCUGAGGAAGAAAGGGAUCAGGAAAAGCAACAGAUGUUUGAAAAUAAACUUAUAAAAUCUGAAGAAAUUAAAGAUACUACUAUUCAGACAAUGGAUUUAGUUUCUCAAGAGACUGGAGAAAAAGAGGCAGAUGUUCAGGUAAUUGACAGUGAAGUUGGGCUUACAAAGGAAGACACCCAAAAGAGAUUGGGAAAAGAUGACAAAACUCAGGAAGAUGUGAUCAGCGAUAUAAGCAAUGUGGUGGGAACAAAUGAGGCAGUAGAUGUUGCCCAGAAGGCAGCUGAAAACAGUGCUGGUAAUGGUCAGAGUAACGAUGCGAAAGAAGGAGUGGAAAUAGGCCAGAAGUUAAAUAAUCCUGCGGAGGGUCCUGAGGCUAGUGGUACUGAGGAAGUUCCUACUAAAGAAAUAGUUGAAACUAAUGAGGUAGAUAAAAAAUCUGUCGAAGGUAAAACUGACGAACCAGUAAUCAACAGUUUAGAGAAGAUAUUGAAGACCAAUGAGGAACCAGAGACAAAUGAAAUUGAGACAAAUAGCACUGAAGAAACAGAGGUCAGAAGUGCAGUGAUUGAUACUGACCAAAAGGCUUUAGGAAGUGAAACUCGGGAUGCUCAUAAAGUCACUACUCAGAUAGAUAUAGGAAAGAAAGAAAUUCCAUAUGAAGUGCCAAUUAAAAUGGAACCUCAAGUUACUGAAGCUUCACAGCCCAGUCAACCUCAGCCUGUUCCGAUACCCAGUAUUAAUAUUAACUCUGAAGAUGCAGAAAAUAAAGGAGAAAUAGGUGCUUUAUCAAAAACUGAAACCAUUCUACUACCUGAAUCUGAGAAUCAAAAGGAAAAUGAUGCUGAUUCAGGCACUGGCUCCACUGCUGAUAAUAGCAGUGCUGACUUGAAUUUAUCCAUCUCUAGUUUCCUAAGUAAAAGUAAAGACAGUGGAUCAAUAUCUUUACAGGAAACAAGAAGACAAAAGAAAACAUUGAAGAAAACACGCAAAUUUAUUGUUGAUGGUGUAGAAGUGAGUGUAACAACGUCAAAGAUAGUUACAGACAGUGAUUCCAAAACUGAAGAAUUGAGGUUUCUCAGACGUCAGGAACUCCGGGAAUUAAGAUUUCUUCAAAAAGAAGAGCAGAGAGCCCAACAACAGCUCAACAGCAAACUGCAGCAACAACGAGAACAAAUUUUCCGGCGCUUUGAGCAAGAAAUGAUGAGUAAAAAGCGACAAUAUGACCAGGAAAUUGAGAAUCUAGAAAAACAGCAGAAACAGACUAUUGAACGCCUAGAACAAGAACAUACAAAUCGCUUGCGAGAUGAAGCCAAACGUAUUAAAGGAGAACAAGAGAAAGAGCUGUCCAAAUUUCAGAAUAUGCUAAAGAACCGAAAGAAAGAGGUUAUAAAUGAAGUGGAGAAAGCACCCAAAGAGCUGAGAAAAGAGCUCAUGAAACGCAGGAAAGAGGAGCUUGCACAAAGCCAGCAUGCUCAGGAGCAAGAAUUUGUUCAGAAGCAACAACAAGAAUUAGAUGGCUCUUUGAAAAAGAUCAUCCAACAACAGAAGGCAGAAUUAGCCAAUAUUGAAAGAGAGUGCCUGAACAACAAACAACAGCUCAUGAGAGCCCGAGAAGCUGCAAUUUGGGAGCUUGAAGAACGACACUUACAAGAAAAACACCAGCUGCUCAAACAGCAACUUAAAGAUCAGUAUUUCAUGCAAAGGCAUCAGCUACUUAAGCGCCAUGAGAAGGAAACAGAACAAAUGCAGCGUUACAAUCAACGACUUAUUGAGGAAAUGAAAAACAGACAGACUCAAGAAAGAGCAAGAUUGCCCAAGAUUCAGCGCAGUGAAGCCAAGACUCGGAUGGCCAUGUUUAAGAAAAGUUUGAGAAUUAACUCAACAGCCACACCAGAUCAGGAUCGUGACAAAAUUAAACAGUUUGCUGCACAAGAAGAAAAGAGGCAGAAAAAUGAGAGAAUGGCUCAGCAUCAAAAACAUGAAAAUCAAAUGCGAGAUCUUCAGUUGCAGUGUGAAGCCAACGUCCGAGAACUGCAUCAACUACAGAAUGAAAAAUGCCACCUCUUGGUUGAGCAUGAGACACAGAAAUUAAAGGAGUUAGAUGAGGAACACAGCCAAGAAUUAAAAGAGUGGAGAGAGAAAUUGAGACCAAGGAAGAAGACACUGGAAGAAGAGUUUGCCAGGAAACUGCAGGAGCAGGAAGUGUUCUUUAAAAUGACUGGGGAGUCUGAAUGCCUUAACCCAUCAGCACAGAGCCGGAUUUCCAAAUUCUAUCCUAUUCCCAGCUUGCAUUCCACUGGAUCAUAACAAUGGGAAGCAUUCUUUGAUUGGGUUUGGCUUUUUAAAUAUAUCAUUCUAUUCUCUUCAUCUUCUGCCACACUCUGUAUCAAAUAGCUCAUGGAGACAAUCACCUGCCUCACCUUCUAGGUGUUUUUUUAUGUUGGGGUUUUUUUUAAAAAGCAAAGAUGAAGGGAAAACAAACUAAGACAGAUAGAUGCUAGGCCAUGUU